CAACCCAGGCCAUUCUAUGAUUCUGUGAUUCAGAAAAGUGUUUUGAGGUUUGGAAGUGUUCCAAAUAGAUGGACCUCGUGGUAUUUCUGCCAUGUGUUCCGAGUUACCUUUCCUUGCAGCCUCGCAGUUAAUUGCUGCUUGGUUCCUGAAGCUUUACUAUGCAAACCAAAAGGAAGAUUGCUAAAAAGGAGCUAAAAUAACAUGUAGAAAAAAGAUACCUCUACUUGUAUGCCCGCCCUUCCACCAAAACAACGGAUCUUAGCUUCUGUCAGUGAGGAUUUCAUUUCAUGUGUAUAGAUUCAGUCUUUGCAAAGGCCCAGAUGGGGUCAUUGAGCAUAAAAUCAAAAUUUCAGCUUUUGACUUAAGAAUUGCAAGUUUGCAUCUGUUUCAGCUUCUUAGCAUCAGAGCAUAGAUGUGUGCAUGCUUUAGGGAUAACAGCAAACCAGAUUUCUGCAUGUGUGACACACUUACUUUUUAUCUCACACCUUCUCUUUAAUUAAUUUGUAACGUCUGUCUCAACAAAAAAUGUUCUUGUACAGGGUCACGAUGCGUGUUAGCAAUAUGUGUAGUCAAGAAGUAGGAACAGAAGGAAGUGUUGUGUUGUUCCCAGGUGGGCUGGCUCCAGCAUCCCUCCAUCCACCCAUCCAUCCCUGCAGGAGGCAGCUGAUGAGCUGUGUGUCGCAGCACCCCGUGUGCCACCAGAAUGGCACAGCAGUUGCUGUAGUGUGGAGGAAAAUGGAUGAUGAUGAUGAUGACGUUCCCCAGCUUUCAUCCCAUACAUUGGCUGCCCUCCAGGAGUUCUAUUUGGAACAGCAGCAGAGAGAGGGCAUGAAGACCUCCCAAGGGUUUAAUCAAUAUUCUGUUGGCUCAAUAGAAGAAGACUGGCAAUUGAGCCAGUUUUGGUACAGUGAUGAGACUGCAUCGUGCCUGGCUAAUGAAGCGAUUGUGGCAGCAGGAAAAGGUGGCAGGAUAGCCUGUGUCAGCGCACCCAGUGUGUACCAGAAGCUGAAAGAACAGGAUGGCGCAGAUUUUUCCGUGUAUAUCCUGGAGUAUGACAGAAGGUUUUCUGUGUAUGGAGAAGAAUUUAUCUUCUAUGAUUACAACAACCCUUUGAACUUACCUGAACAUCUCCUGCCACACAGUUUUGACAUUGUAGUAGCAGAUCCACCCUAUUUGUCCGAGGAAUGUCUUCAAAAAACUGCAGAGACCAUCAAUUACUUAACAAAAGGAAAGAUUCUGCUUUGCACAGGUGCAAUCAUGGAGGAACAGGCAGCAAAGCAUCUUGGUGUGAAGAUAUGCAAGUUUAUUCCAAAACACUCUCGAAAUCUAGCUAAUGAAUUUCGAUGUUAUGUGAACUAUGCUUCUGGACUGGACUGAUUUCUGGGAGAAGAUCUGGAACUUUCUCAGGAGAUCUGGAACUUUUUCAAUCAAGUUACUUUGUAUUUUUUUCUCAGUGACUCCACAAUGCUGAAACAUUCCACUCCAAGCAGUAUUUUCUGGGCUAGAAGUAAUCAACACAGGAUGAUAGUGUUUCUCUUUUAAAUGUGUAAGCAUUUGCAAUUGUUGUUUACCUUACUCCUUAGGUAAGUGGGGACACAAACAAUGCAGGUUCUGCAUAAUGGUAACUUCUUUGUUAGAGUUCCAUUCCAACCAGUAGUUUUUACCAUUGGAGUACUUUUCUGUGACUUCUCUGAAAUGAUUUUAGCUGGUUGGGCUGUAACACCAUGUGGGUGCUUGCCUGACAGACAUCAAAACUGUCAGCUGUGUCAGAACUGAUGACUUGGUAGCUUGCGGAUGGUUGAGAGAGCAUGAAUAUUGGUCUCACCUUUCAGAGCUGUUUGUUCCGAACAUGAUGUGCUCAGAUUCAUUAUCCAGCAGGCUGAUAUUUUUAUAAAGAAUAACUAAAGAGAAAACACAUCUCCUUCUGGGUAGGUCUCUCCAGUUGCUUUUUAUAAUAAUAAAAGAUUUGCCAACUAAGAUAAGACCUACUAUCUACUGUCACCAGAGUGGCUUUAAAAAAAUGCAGUGGUUGUUUCACCUUUUAUAAAGAUUUUUCAAAAACCCAGACUUUGUUUUUGUAGAAGAUGAGAUCUAUUUUGUCAUCAGUUAUCACCAUGUAAACUUGUGUAUGUGUGUCGUGCUUGAAAAAAGUCGUGUUAAACAUCUCUUUGCAGCAGUACAGUGCAUUUAUUUUGCAAUACAGAAUAAACAUGAGCAACAAAAACUGAUUAACUUGAAAAACAAACAAAGAAAUAGCCAACUAGACAUUUGUAUUCAUUAGCUAAGCUUAUCUCUAAAUGUUGGUAUAAACCUCAUGUCUCCUUGAGAAAAUCACAAUAAGGAUUCCCCCCCAGACAGAGCUUUACUUUUAUUAAGAAUCCUGUAUGAAAGUCAGGUAAAAUCAGCGUAAAAUAUGAAGUAAUUAAUAAAAAUGCCACACGUCAGCCAAUUGUCUGAAUCAGUGCUUCAGACCAUGUCCAUGGAUUCUCUUUGAAUUACUCCAAUUGCUGGCUAGGAAAUACUGCUUGUGUAGUGACAUGACUCACACAUGUGCAUUAAAUCUUGAAUCGCUAUGGGUCUGAUUAAAUACAGUGCCUUCAUUUUCAUCGAUUUCAAUAUCAAGUUAAAGAUAAUUUACAGAUAUAUCAAGUUUAGAAUUCCAAGAACAGGUCUUUUUUUCUGAAUACUGAUUUUCAUCUUGGUCUUCUGUUCCACAGACAGAAGCGUUAGGAAUAGAACAGAAAUUGUUGGAUCUUAAAAGGCUGAUGAAGUAUAACGUUUGGUAAUAAACUCCUACUGUUUCUAACAGGCAAAUAUUAAAUUUUAUAUAAAAGAGUUUGGCUGUAUUUCAAGCAUUUUCUGUCAAAAUAGAUGCUGCAUUAAAAAAACUUUGGCGUAGAUGGAAUUGUUGAUAGCAGGACACUUCUGGAGCCAUUUUUCUUUAACUUCUUGGCUACACUGCUGAUGUGUUUUUGAGUGAAAGCUGGUUCAUGAAUUCCAAGGCACUCCAAAGUUUUUAUCAUUAUAAAUAUACGAAACAAAAAAUAUACGUACUUAUCUUCGUAUAGCAUAUUAGAUAUUGGAUUUGUGUAGAAGGCUAACAGAAAUGCUGCAUCUACAAAAUGAAGCACCUAAGAAAAAGUAUUAGAAAAUCUAUUUUAUGAAAGGGAUAAGCUUAAUUAUCCUUUUGAGGCAAGAAUUCUAAUAACAGAGGUUGUACUCAUCUUUCUGUGCAUUUGUGCUGUUUGGAUGCAGACUGUCCCAUCUGGUAAACAAAUGCGCAGAAAUAUUGUAGAUGGAAUAUUUUUAGAGUGCUCAAAGAAUCAUGCUUCCCAAGGUGGAGCUAAAAUUGGAUCCUAAAUACUCUUCCCAAGCCACUCUUGCUCUCCUCUCCGCUUUCCAACAGAUAUUUUCAUGUCUGUUCAUGUUCAUUGCAGCCAGGAUUCCAGUAUUUCUCACGUCCCUGAGCCCUGCAUCCCUAAACCUCUGGGUGGAGACCAGGGUGGUAAAUCCUCCCCCACUGUGAGGACAGAGCAGGUCCAAGACCGCCUCAUGAGACUGAAUGU